GGGGCUGGAAUUGUAGCUUUUUGAGUGGUAAACUGCCAUUUCAAGAAUCCUCGGGAAGAAGCAAUGUGUUUUAAAUGUAUGCGGCGUAUGCUGCCUAAGUUUCGCUGCCAUCUUUUAAGUGGGGGACCAGUGACAGGAUUUGCUUCCGACUUCAUCUCCAUCAGGCCCUCCAUGUAAUUUGGGUCCAGAGGAAGAGGACAAGCAAAUAGUGGUGAAACGAACAGAGGCAUUCAGGAAGGGAUCGCUUUCCCACCUCCUCUUCCUGCCGCAGUCGCAGCAGUGCCGACAGCAGCAUCUCCCUAAGUCGCUCUGAGGCCGCUGCCCAGGCAGGAGUGGCGUGGCGUGGCCCUCCUUUUGGGGACGGAGGAGAGCAGGCGUGGGCUGGGUGGCAUCUAGUAAAAAGAUGCACAGAGCCAGAUGGCUGGAUCCAGCCCGCCUAUCUGCGACAGCAUCUGGAAACCCAACCCCCCCCAGCAACAACCCCGUUUCGUGGGGUCUGUUGGAGGAAGCAGGGGGCUGGGCUGCGGGGAAAGGCAGGGGGCAAUUGUCAGCGGGAGGGGCACCUUCCCUGGGGAGCCAUGUUCUGGGGGCAGGAGGGCAGGAUUGGCCCCCAAGGCCUGGGGUGUUCUCCUGUAGUAGGACUUGGAAUCCAGGAGAAAACUCUUGGAAAAGCCUUGCAAGGGGCUCAGGGAGGAACUCACCAAUCCCCAUGUCCUUCACUUUGCAGAUGUGCUGGGGAUCUGCAUCCCUUCCAUUGUGGUGAGUAUUGGAUAAAACGAGAGCAGGGAGGGGAUCCCUCAGACCUGCCCCCCUCUUGCAUUCCAGGACUGCCAGGCAGCUUGGCUCAGGGGGCUCCGAACCCUGAAGUACUCCAAGGAGGAGACAACCAAAGCCAUUCUGGUGAGUGAUGGGUGGUGUGAGGGACCCCCAUGGGGAGGGAGGGGCAGAGAGGGGCUGGCUUUUGGGGUUGGAGCCGUCCUCUGGAGACUCCUGGAAGGAGCUGACUUUCCUCCUCUGCUCUCUUCUAGAACAUCCUUGGCCACUUGGAGUACUUCAGGGAUCGCCCCCUGAGCCUGGCCCUGGCCUUCGAGGCCCUUCUGCAGUUGAGGUGAGUGGGGUCUUUGAGGUGAGCGGGGUCUUUGAGGUGAGCGGGGUCUUUGGACUGGGUGGGGCUGCAGGGCGGCAGAACUCCAGGGGGAGCUUUGGGUGGGCAAGUCAGGCAGGAGGAGAAGGGGACAAGGGAGACUUGGAGGAGGCAGUGUCUAACCCCUUCCCUUUCUCUCUCCAGUUUUAUGAGACCCCACUUCAGUCCCUCUAUGGUGAGUGCAAUCCUCCAUAGAACAACAGAGGCAGUUCUGGGGAGUGCAGAGGAGGACAAAGAGGUAUGUCCUCUGCUUUAAGUUCUCUUUGCACAGCUCUUUCUUCUUCCCACACUCUUACAAAAUUUAACCCAGCAGCACUCAGCCUCUCUUCUCUCUUUUCCCACAGCAACUGAAGAGGCCAUUCCAGAGCCUGCUGGGGGGUCUCCUCCUAGAAGCCCCCAAUACUAGCACCCUUCUCCAGUUGAUUACCAUAAGUAUCCUGAUAGCACCAGGAGUGGUUUUAGGGUUGCCCCCCUGUCCCUUACCCAACUGACUUUCCCAUUUCUUUCAUCCCACAGGACCUCAGAUAUUACGCCCUUUUGGGGAGUGAAGGCCAAAGGAACUUAGCAGCCAGCAGUAUAUCCCUGCUGCUGGCCCUUUCACGAAGAUUCCCGAACCAAAGA